UACACCAAAUAACGUCAGUGGUGAAUCAUUAAAAACGACAUGAAUGCUUGUGUAACCUGCACGGAGCUGGCGGUAGAGGGCGCUACGUCAAAAUGGGAGCAGCUUUUAUUCAGACAGCGGGGUCAACGACACCGUGAGCUAGGCUAGCUAGGUUAGCUAACCCCAACAACACACCCACACAGGUAACCGACGUCGUGUCUGGUGAUUUAUUGAUGUUUCACUGUGGAACUAAGCCCUUUAGCUUUGGACUGAGCUGACGGUACACUACGACUUAACCGGCCACAUGUAGUCGUGUUCCGCCGGCAUACUAUUUAACUGAGUACGUUAACGUCAACGGUUGCUAACAGCUGUUGUCAUGUUCAACGUCAGCACAAACAAAAAGCCGUUGUAGACAAACAGAACGUUACACGUCGUCACCCUAAGCGACCAACGGCUGCUGGCUGCUAGGUAACGACCACCGUAUGAGGGAGUCACCUGGAGACGCAUCACUGCUGCUCCCACCAUGAGGAGGCUGACCAAGAAGAAGGCUCUGACUCUGGUGAAGGAGUUGGACGCCUUCCCCAAAGUCCCCGAGAGCUAUGUGGAGUCCACGGCCAGCGGUGGGACAGUGUCCCUGAUAGCGUUCACUCUCAUGGCUGUCCUCGCCUUCCUGGAGUUCUUCGUGUACAGAAACACAUGGAUGAAGUAUGAGUAUGAGGUGGACAAAGACUUCAGCAGUAAACUGAGAAUAAACGUGGACAUCACAGUAGCCAUGAGAUGUCAAUAUAUAGGGGCAGAUGUCCUGGAUCUGGCAGAGAACAUGGUUGCUUCUGAUGGAUUAAAAUAUGAAGCAGUCAACUUUGAGCUCUCCCCGGAGCAAAGAUUAUGGCACAUGACACUUCUGCACAUCCAGGAGCGUCUGAGAGUGGAGCACGCUCUCCAGGAUUUACUCUUCAAGGCUGCGAUAAAAGGAGCUCCUCCUGCUCAGGCUCAAAGCGAGGACAGUCCCUCUAGCCUUAGUGCCUGCAGGAUACAUGGACACUUGUAUGUCAACAAGGUGGCUGGGAAUUUCCACGUUACUGUUGGCAAAUCCAUCCCACAUCCCAGAGGCCACGCCCAUCUAGCUGCACUUGUCAGCCAUGACACUUAUAAUUUCUCUCACCGGAUUGACCACCUGUCCUUUGGAGAAGUGAUUCCUGGGAUAAUCAACCCUCUGGACGGCACAGAGAAAGUCUCUGCUGAAUCCAACCACAUGUUUCAGUACUUUGUCACCAUUGUGCCCACCAAACUGAACACAUACAAGGUCUCUGCAGAAACAAACCAGUACUCGGUCACAGAGCAGGAGCGAGUGAUAAACCAUGCUGCAGGCAGCCAUGGAGUCUCGGGGAUCUUUAUGAAAUACGAUAUCAGCUCACUAAUGGUCAAAGUCACCGAGCAGCACAUGCCUCUCUGGCAGUUUCUCGUCAGACUCUGUGGCAUCAUUGGAGGCAUUUUCUCUACAACAGGCAUGCUCCACGGAAUUGUAGGAUUCUUGAUCGAUGUUUUUUGCUGCCGUUUCCAAAUGGGCAUCUACAGACAUCUUAAGGAGGCUCCUCUAAAUGAGCAGGAAAACAGUGAAACCUUGAUUCCCACAGAAAAUGACGCUCCAUUAUGAGAACCCAUCAUCUCAGCUGUGGCCGACUGUCUCACCAUCUCUGCCUAAACCCUCUAGACAGCAACGUGGUUCUGGGAACAUGUUUACAAGUUGUUUUAUUAUGGAAUACGUCCCUGCUUUGUUCGGAAAUAUGUAAAUAUUUGUAUUGCUUUUAAAUUUUUUAUGGGGUGGGUGCAAGUUUCAGAUAUGACUUUUCAUCCACCUUUGAAGGAUUAUUAUAUCAAUAUUUACACUGUCACUUUCACUGGAAAGCUGUACAAAGAGGACGAACGCUAAUUAUUUACGUCAUGUUUGUGGAUCUGACUUCAUCAAAAUAGAUGGUGCCUGGUGUUCUAGCGCCCACGUCACACCCACACAGGUGUUUUCACUUAGUUUGGCUGAUUAGACCUGUUCCCAUGGCGAUGUGGUCGACUCAUCUGUAACCCUGAUUGACGGAUAAAACGAGAUUCUGAUUCUAUCAUGUAGGUUGUUGACCUCAGAAAAGUCCCAAAAUAGCUCUGCUCAAUCUUGAGCUGAAAACGGGCGUAAUCAGCUCAAUAAAAGAAAACCUGUGUGUGUGUGAGGGGCCGCUAAAGAGGGGUUGUGUGAAAACAUUCUAAGGGUUUUAAAUUGUUUAAGUGUGUACAAAUAUGCGGCUGAUUUGUGAAAUAAAAUCCACUUUAA